AUGUCAAGAUAUUAUGACAGAAAGACACUAAGUAAAGAAGCUACUCGUGUAAGAAUUUUUACCUCCUCGAGUGAAAGCCAGGUUGUCCACAGCAAGGUCAGACGUUGGGCUUCUCGGUUUCGCUCCUUCUCUUCGGUCUUGGCAAGCCAGGUUGAGGAGAAGUUUUGCAAGUUUGCAAAGAAAGGUCUUACUCCAUCUCAGAUAAGUGUGAUUCUUCGUGACUCUCAUGGUAUUGCUCAGGUUAAGAGUGUUACUGGAAGCAAGAUCUUGCAUGUUCUCAAGGCCCACGGUCUUGCCCCUAAAAUUCCUGAAGAUUUGUAUCAUCUUAUUAAGAAGGCAGUCUCUAUUAGGAAGCAUCUCGAGAGAAACAGGAAGGACAAGGAUUCCAAGUUUCGAUUGAUUUUGGUUGAGAGCAGGAUUCACAGACUUGCACGUUACUACAAGAAGACCAAGAAGCUUCCCCCCAUUUGGAAGUAG